AAUCAGCAUAGACGUAACCCGGAAGAAAUCAUGUGUGUGUGUGUGUGUGAGUUGAGAGAGCACUACAGCUAUUGGCACGCGCGCACGUCGUGACAUACAUUGCACUUUUUGAGUUGUCAUUGGUCUGGAAAUGUUGCUUGACCUGGCAACCCUGCUCUUAGAGAGAAGGGGGAUAUCUGUCAGAAGUAAAACAUAGCAUUUUGUAUUUCAGAUCUGUUUCCCCAUUUCCUCAACACUGACAAUUUCCCUGUUUAAACAUCCUGGUUUCCAUUCAUCUGUGAUCAUUAUUCAUGUUCUACUUCUGACAUACAUCCUCCCCCUUUCCUUAAAGCACAGAAUUACAAGAGUAAGCAAUGGUUCUUUAUAUUAUAUAGCUUUUGCCUAUCCAUAUUGUAUACAAUUUGUUCAUGUCUGCCUGUCGGUCUGUAAGAUGGGGUAUAUGCAGGUAGAGGGGCACACCACCAACAUGUUACACCUGAAGAGGUCGCCUGGCAUCCGCUCCUGGUCGCUGCUCAUAGACAGUAUCCUGUGGAAGCUUUUCUACAUGACGGGCUGUCUGUUCGUGGCCAUGCAGAACAUGGAGGAGUGGGAGGAGGCAGUGAAGACCUUCAGUCUGUAUGCUCUGAUUCUCACCAUGUGUAGGAGAGGCCAGGAGAAAGUGGUGAUGGACAUGAGGCACCUGCGUGACGUAUGUGUUCAGGAGAAGGUGCGCUACCUAGGGAAGGGCUACCUGCUGGUGCUGCGACUGGCCACAGGUUUCUCCUACCCCCUCACACAGAGCACCACCAUGGGGGGGACACAGUGAUGUGGAGGCAGUGGCUUCGUUGCUCAAGCGUUUCCUGGGUCUGGAGGAGCUCCAGUGUCACUGGGAGCAGGAGCAGGAGGAAGAGGCAGUCAGGGAGGAAGAUAAAACUGAACCCCAGCACUGACUCCGGAGAAGAGGGGGACUCAGUGCAGUAGAAGGAGAAGAGAUGAGGGGAAGCCACAGCAGACUUGAAAUGCACCCAAAUAUAUUUUACAGCAUUUUGUAGUAUCCCUGAUACUAUAAAUCGCCUUAAAUACACUUCAAUGGUAGAGUUUUCCACAGAAUAUUUAAACAAAUUCAUAGUUUGUGUUGCCUGUUCUUCAAAAACAAUCAUUACUGUAUUAGACUCAACCCUAUAAUUACAGUACCUUUCUAUUUAAAUGUAAUCAGUAUGUGUGAAAUACUCAUUCAAAACAUUCCCACAGUUUAGGGAACACAGUGUGUUUGAGACCUCCCAAGUGAUAAUCUUGGUCUAGUAGGAUUGUCUCUACUCACUGCAACCAUCCAUCCAUCUGAAUGCAUGUGACUGUAAACUAUAAUCAAGCAUGGAUUUCCAGGGAUCAGUUAAGAAUGUUUGCCUGUUUUUAUGUUAAGGUAAAUACUUGCAUGUCUUUCAGCAUUGAUGGGUCCCAUCACUAGGGUCAGACAGAAUCUGGGGAGGCAAAACCUCUAGAAUGAACCUAACAGCUUCUACAUCGCCUGCUGUUUGGGGUUUUGGGCUGGGUUAUGUAUAGCACUUUGUGACAUCUGCUGAUGUAAAAAAGGGUGUAAUAACUACAUUUGAUUGAUUUAUUAUUCAUAGGGUAAACUACAGAUUUCGUCUGGCCUUAUAUACACAAAACGAAAGACCAGUCUCAGGUAACAUUCCUGUCCAUAGACAAAUGUGUUAAUAACAAUAUGUAUGUUUGACAAAUAAACUGUAUUACAUUGUAUCUGGACUGUAUUAACUAAGUUACUGCAUCUGUUGGCAAGAGGAAGGUGAGUGUAGAUGCCUUCUGUUGCUUGAAAGAAAGAAUGCAUGAGAUAUUUUGUGUCCAGUUAGUGUGUGUUGCUGGAUGACUUCAGGUACUGG